UUUCUUUUCUUUUUUUCCUUUCUUUCUUUUUAUUACCGUUACCAACAUGUCUUGGGAAUCAUUAUUAACACCACAAGAAACAAGAUUAUAUUCACAUUUAUUUCAGACUGUCAGCAAGACACAGGAGGGCAUUGUGACAGGCGCUGAAGCUGUUCGCUUUUUUGCUACCUCAGGUGUACCUACUGAGAUACUUUCAGAGAUCUGGGAAGCUGCAGAUAGAGAUAAAGUAGGCUAUUUGACACCAGAGACCUUUGCAAUAGCCUUAAAACUGAUCGCAUGUGCUCAACAUGGGAAGGAGGCUGUAGAACCCGUUUUGGCAACUCGUGUACCUCUCCCACAGUUUGAUGGCGUAGUUGCGCCCAGCCCCAUGAUUGCCAAUAACAGUACUCUUGACAUACCCAUUACAGCUGCAGAACGUGAAAAAUACGCCAGUAUCUUUAGAGUGCAUCAACCCGUGAAUGGUAUCAUGGAUGCAGAGACAGCUAGAAACGUCUUUUUGAAAUCAAAGUUACCUGUGGACACGCUAAGUCAGAUAUGGAAUUUGGCUGACGUUCGUCAAUCAGGCACUUUAAAUGAAGCAGAAUUCAUUAUCGCUAUGCAUUAUAUUGCUAAACUUAUGGAUGGCACCUUAAAAGCAUUACCGGAUAAAUUACCACCUACCGUAUUCCAAUCUGCUACCGGUUCCGCGGCUCAGUCACCUCUUGUUCGCAACAUGGCCUCUCCAGCGAUAACACGCCAGGCCAGUAUCAUGACACCACCUCAGCGAGCGAGAACAAUUGACUCUUUGGGCAGUUUAGCCUUUGGUGCUCCUCCUGCCAUGGGGAAUAUUGAUCUCGAUUGGGAUGUGACUCCACAGGAAAGACAGCAAUUCAACGCUUACUUUGACAAGAUCGACUCGGCUCAUUCAGGUUAUAUUCAGGGUAAAGAAGCUGUUGAGUUUUUUAAAAAUUCAAGGCUUCCAGAGUCUGAAUUGGCCCAUAUUUGGGAUCUAUCAGACACACAACAACGUGGCAGCUUAUCCCGUGAUGAAUUUGCGGUUGCUAUGCAUCUCAUUCAUAAACGACUGCGUGGAGGAGCAUUACCGCAAGCUCUACCGAGAACAUUGAUACCACCUAGCCAAAGACAACAGAACAACGUAUUUGCAUCUCCUGCCUUUGUAGCUGCAUCUCCAGCGCCAGUUGCUUCGGUUCUUGAUACAAACAAUGAUUUACUUGGUGAUUUUGGGAAUGAUCAGGUGGCGACAGAAACGAAUCAAGUGAACCUACUCCAGAAUCAGAUUACCUCCAUGUCUUCACAGACAGCAAGUUUGAAGAACCAAAAGACAUCCACCGAGAACGCUCUGGAACAGUUGGCCCAGCAAAGAAAACAUCUGGAAGCCCAGAUGGUGGAUGUAAAGGCAGAGCAUGAGAAUGUGGUAAAGGAACUCAAUGAAUUACAAGAGCAAGUACGACGAGAAGAGGCUGAAUGGGAUAGAGUUCGCUCUGAAUACAAUGCUGCUCAGCAACAGCUAGUUGCCGUUCAAAAUGAGACAGCGCAAGUUAAUCAGACAUUGGAGAAUGGACGUGCGGAAACAGAAAGUCUUAAACGACGCAUAUUUGAAAUUCAGGAAGAAACAAGAAGAGUCAAUGCUGAAUUAGAUAAACUGCGUGCACAAUCAAAGCAGCAAGGCAUGAUGCUGGAUAUCAACAGACGGCAGGUGACAGCGGCCGAGCAGGAUAGAGCACUGGCAGAGCGUAAUUUGCAAGAUUAUAAGGUAGCUGCUGGUUUGACCAAUGAGAUAGAAGACUCUAGCGAUGAUGAAAGCGUAGAAGAGCAGAAAGAACCACCCCCUCAACCCACACCAUCUGUUAUUUCAACCCCAGCUUUAGACAAUCUCUUUGGUAGUCCCUCAGUACAAACUUCUGAUAAACAUGUGACCUCUCCAUUUGACGAGUUUGCAGAAUCUAUAACAAAAAGUAAUACCUUCGAAAGCCCUCAAAACAACGCAUCAACUUCCCAAGACGACUUUGACGCUAUCUUUGGCACUAUGAGUAUCAGCACACCUGCAGCAGAUACUCCCGCUCAUGCGUUUGAUCCUGCCCAGUGGCCCACAAGUCCUACAUCGGUCACUACCAAGUCCUCUCGAGGUCCUCCUCCCCCUCCCCCUCCUCAAAGCAGACAUCACAGACAAACAUCCAUAAGUUCUAUAGCGUCCUCUACUGUCGGAGCAAAGAAACAACGUGCUCCCCCUCCACCUCCACCUGCUAUUGCCCCAUCGUCUUCUUCAACCGCAUUGGAGAAGAUUGCAGAUGCUAAAGAAGAGCAAAAUGACGAAGACGAUUUUGAAGCUGCCUUUUCCGGAAAGCUUCCUGAAGCAAAGAUUGUAGCCAAGGAUGAUCAAUUUGCCGACUUUGAUGAUGCAUUUAGCGUCUUUGAGACGAACAAAUCUGCUCACAAUAUCAAACCAGCCGUGGCCAGCCCCAACGAUGACUGGGCUGCUGCGUUUGAACCUUUCAAGUCUGAACAAAAGAAGCCUGAAGAACCAAAGGUAAAUGAUGAUUGGGAUUCUAUCUUUGGAGUUCCGAGCACUUCCGCCAAUAAUACAGUUCCUGUGACUCAACAUGUAACCGGAUUUGACGAUUCGUUUUCAAACUUUGCUGAUGAUUUUGGAAAACAAAAGGCACCCAAAUCACCUCCCACUGCACAGACUACAAUACCAGUAGGAGAUAAAGUACAGGACUUAAUAAAAAUGGGUUUUGGCGAAAAGGAAGCCAAGGAUGCUCUGAACCGAUAUGAUCAAGAUUUGGAAAAGGCAAGCAACUUUCUACUGGAUCAAGUAUCAAAAUAAGCCAAGGAAAAGUAUAUCAGAAAACUGAAGGACCAGUUUGCAAAGAGAAAUCUAAAAAAUGAUACCUAUUUUUGUGGCAAAAAUAAAAUUUAUUUUACAGAGACUAAAUUAAUUUGGGG